CUUCCUAGGUCACGUCCCUGGGACGCUCGUCUCUGGGGUGCAAGCCAGGCGCGCGCCAGCAGGAGCCGAUAACCAACAGGGGUCUAAAGCUCGGGGCUAAUGACUCCUCUCGGCUCUCGCCCUGCGAUCGGCUACGAUUUCCUUUCGACUUUGCUCCGCUCAGUGUGUACAGUCGCGCGCAGCGCAAGGCCAAACGCCGAGAUGGCGGGACUCUUCCGGCGAAGCCCGCCCCUCGACUCCACCCCGCCGGGAGCCGCGCCGCUGGGGACGCUCCCUCCGCGGGCCAGCGCUCGCAGCCUAGCCCGAGGAUGUCACGGCGCCAAGACCACCGUGAUCUCCCCCAGCAAGCGGGCACGACCUGUGGAGGAGGGCGGCAUACGGCUCCGCUUCGUCCGGCUCUCAGAGCACGCCACAGCCCCGACCAAGGGGUCUACGCGAGCCGCGGGCUACGACCUGUACAGUGCCUAUGAUUACACAUUACCACCUAUGGAGAAAAUCGUAGUGAAAACCGACAUUCAGAUGGCUCUUCCUUCUGGGUGCUAUGGAAGAGUAGCUCCACGUUCUGGCUUGGCUGCAAAAUAUUUCAUUGAUGUAGGAGCUGGUGUCAUAGAUGAAGAUUACAGAGGAAAUAUUGGUGUUGUACUGUUUAAUUUUGGCAAAGAAAAGUUUGAAGUCAAAAAGGGUGACCGAAUUGCACAGCUCAUUUGUGAACGGAUUUUUUAUCCUGAAAUAGAGGAAGUCCAAGUUUUAGAUGACACUAAAAGGGGUUCAGGAGGUUUUGGUUCCACUGGAAAGAAUUAAAAUUUAUGUCAAGAAUAGAAAAUGAGAGACCAUGCUUUUUUCCUUAAAAAUAAAUAAUUUUUGUUUAGUGUUGUUUUGCACUUCUGUAAACUUAGUAUCUUUAGCUUUUAAAAAAUAUCUGGUUCUCCUAUGAUCAAAGAAAGAGUACUUUGUUGGGAUCACAUAGAACUUUGCAUUUUGGUGUUUUUCUACAUUUGACUGUUGUAUAAAUCUGCAUGGUAACCUAAUACAGUUUUUUUGUGUUUUUUUUUAAUCAAAUAUACAUCAAUUAUAGAUCCCACCAAACUGUAUUUUUAAUUCACUAACUGCUACCCCUUCAACAACUUAUUUUUCAGUUGCUUUAUAAAUCAUAAGCAAAGCUUUUCAUUCAAUAAAUUUGAAUUCUUUCACAGAUAGAAAUUAUAUAAACUGAACUAAAAGAUAAUAAAAAGCAGUUAGUUAUAUCUUGUUUUUUUCAUUGGUCUAAAAAAUUUUUUUAAUCUUAAGAUUUCUUUGAGGGUAGGAAGAAAAGAAUCUUCAGUUUAUGUUUUCAUUUUUAGUUUUUCUUUUUUCUUUUUUUUAAAAUCAUCCUUUUGGUAGGCCCUAGGUUGAUUGGGCAGAGUUUGUUUUGUGAAAGGAAAUGUAACUUGGGAAUUUCCAGUUGGUUUGUUCCUCUGAAUUUCAUUCCAUCAAGUAAAUUGUAUGGGUUGUAGUUAUGUGAGUGUCCCUCACUGAAGUAGUAAUAAUAGGCUGUAUCCAAGAAAUAUGCAAUUGAAUCGGGAUAAAAUAGAUGUAAUGAUGUAUGCUUAGUUUAGGCCACUGGGUUUGUCCACCCUGUGUACUUUUGAGUAAAUAUGUUUAAGCAGCAUUUCACUGCAGAUAGGGGGCUGAUUCUGUGGAUGAGUUUGAUUAACAUCUAUAGCAACAUUCUAGGUGUGCUUUCCUUUACUGUACUUCUCAGACUCAUUUGCACCUGGGCUGUCUUUGGGUGUUACUUAGGCUUUGUCAAUCGAUGCACUAGUGUGAGACUGAUGAGGCAUCUUUUUUUGUGAGUGUGGGUCAUACAGACAGAGUGCUUCUAAAGUGGGCAUCUCUCUUGGCUGCCCAGUUCCUAGAAGCACAGGCUAGAGUUCGAUUCUUUCCCCCUUCCAGUGUUUCUCUAGGCCAUUUAAUACCCUGCGAUGUAGUAGUUUCAAUCUGUGGGUCACGAUUCGUUAGUCAUGAAAUCAACUCAGUGAGUCAUAAUUGGCAUUUAAAAAAAUUGAGUAGAAAAACAGCAGAGGACAACAUAUGUCAAAUGGGUAAAUAUUGUGAAGAUUACUUGGAUUACAUAUUUAUGUAUAUAUGUGUGAACUGAGUCGUGGUGUAAAUUAUUUCUGCAGUUCAAUAAAAAUUUGAAUACUUUUUUGCUAAA